AUGGUCACUCCUGUGCUAUCUGUCUCUUCUGCUCCCGCGCCCUCCCAUCUACAGUCUGAUUCCACUGCUCACGCCUUCUGUAGCCACAUCCUGAUGGUGGGCAGCGUCCCAUCAUGUCCGAUCGUGUUCUUCUUCAGCGUCUCUACCGACAGCGUCAAGAACCUGACCCCCUUCAGGUGCCCUCUGCGCACUCCUCCUGUGGUCCGUGCCUGCGCUAACCCAUGGUCACCUCCAAUCCCCUGGUCAUCUCGCUCGGCCUCCUCCUCCAUCAGCCCACGGCAGAUGUGUCUGCCCUCACAGACAUCGCCGCGAAGAUCCUCACCGCACAGCUUCACCAUCAAUCUCGUCUCCAAGCCCUUUGCCCAGCACGCCAACGUCUGCGCCGUCAAUAUGCGCCCGCACGCCAGCAAGUGGGCACUCAGCGGCCUUACCCACGCCCCCAGCGAGCUGCUCCUCAUCCUGCACAAGCAGCCCUCUACGGGCAAGGUGGGCGAGGGCGCGGACACGGGCGCGGCUCAGCACUAUGUGUACAAAGCCAUGCUCGGGAUCAUGUUCGACCAUGCAGAGGAGGCUGCAGGCGCAUAUCCCUGCGACGAACUCAGGUGCUGGUGGCGGCAAUCAUCGUCCUCACGGCCCUUGUACGGCUCGCGGAUGACCUCGCCCAUGCCCUUAUGCUCCUGUGCGCGGCGUCGCGUCGCCCGAGGAGCGGGCAGGCCUGACGGUGAGCGCGGGAACGGCAGUGCUGGACGUGGUGGUGCUGUGCGCGGGGAAGGGCGAUUCGCACUACUGAAUGUACGUGUUCUUGCUCGCAUCACGUCGUGCUCGCAUGCUGACUCGGUCUUGUUCUUCCGCUGGCGCACGGUGGUGGCAGGGCUCGAGUGCGCCCGUACGAGGAAGCUGCAAUUGCGGGAACACAGGCAAUUUGCUGAACACUAG